AUGUUCUACUGCCAUUACAGAGGGAACUUUUUCAAUGCAGGCAACUGGAUCAUUGAGGAACCACAGAACGAUGACAAAGAGCAGCUUGUUAUAAACCAUGCAGAAGGAGAUGUCGUUCCCUUUGUGUUGGUUUCUUUUGCAUCACCUCUUUCCACGGCUCAGGGUUCCCACGUCUCGGUGUCUGCCUCCCCGGGGCCGCCGCCACCACCGCCGCCCCUCCAGCUCCACAGCCUCGGGUCCGGUAUCAUGGGCAGCGGGUUCGGUUCGGUAGACAUGUCGGCGGGUCUGGGUCUGUCCAAUCCUAGCAACCCGGCGGUUCUGAGAGAGGCAGUGGACGCGGUGGUCCGGAGCUUUGCCAAACACACGCAAGGAUACGGCAGGGUGAAUGUCGUGGAGGCCUUGCAGGAGUUCUGGCAGAUGAAGCAGUCACGAGGUGCUGACCUGAGGAAUGGGGCUCUUGUCGUCUAUGAGAUGGUCCCAUCCAAUAACCCCCCUUACAUCUGCUACGUCAGUCUCCCUGGGGGAAGUUGCUUCGGGAGUUUUCAGUUCUGCCCGACCAAAGCUGAAGCAAGACGGAGCGCGGCCAAAAUAGCCCUAAUGAAUUCUGUUUUCAAUGAGCAUCCAUCUCGACGCAUCACAGAUGAGUUCAUAGAGAAGAGUGUGUGUGAGGCUCUAGCCUCCUUUAAUGGAAACAGAGAAGAAGCUGAUAACCCUAGUACAGGCAUCGGUGCUUUUCGGUUCAUGUUAGAGUCUAAUAAGGGGAAGUCUAUGCUAGAGUUCCAGGAACUGAUGACAGUUUUCCAGCUUCUCCAUUGGAAUGGUAGUCUGAAAGCCAUGAGAGAAAGGCAAUGCUCUCGUCAGGAAGUGCUUGCUCAUUACUCCCACCGAGCGCUAGACGAUGACAUGCGUACACAAAUGGCCGCCGACUGGGUCAGUCGAGAACACGUUUUAUCCGGUACCAUCAAUCGAGAGAUGGCCGCCACCGUGCGCGAGCUGGAAGAGGCCCGUCUGGCAGGACGGGAGCUGCGCUUUUAUAAAGAAAAGAAAGACAUUCUGCUAAUGGCAGUGGGGCAGCUAGGUGGGUCAAACACUACAACUCUGCCCUGCACAUGCUGAAGAGUAUGAAGACGUGUCAGACGUGGCGUAUGAUUGUACCAGAUAGCACUCCAAAACUCAAAACGGUCUUUUUUAACUUGUGUGUUUGUGUGUGAGGAGGAGUCAAAGAAUCAGCAUUUUGAAUAAUUCCACAGACAAAAACGAAGAUGAAUUAUACGUUUCUGUCUUUUUGAUUUGAACAUGUAAGGCAUUUUAAACUUGAACAGAAUUAAGCGCUAUAUUGCUAUUAUUACUAUACUAGUAUUAUCCUCCAGUGUUAUCGGUUGACUGUACUGGCACAUGGACCU